GUACCAGGCAGGAUCUCUGGCUGUGAACAGAUGAGUUUCAUUUCAAUAUCAUCAUUAUCAUCACCACUAUUUUGAGGAGGAGGAAAAUAAAACAACAGUCUGAGAAGUCUUCAGUCCUGAAAUUUUGACCAUCAGCUCCACCACAUGUCUCUGAAUUCCACCUACACCUUCUUGUGAUACUCCACUACUCGUUCCCACCUGACUCCAAGGAAGCCCCUCGGGUGCUGAACCAGUGCCUGGCCGCUGUGGCGGACUGGAUGAGGAGAAACAAGCUGAGGAUCAAUCCUGACAAGACAGAGGCCCUCCUGGUCAGUCGCUCGUCGGAUCGGGGUAUUGGGUGGCAGCCUGUGCUGGACGGGGUUGCACUCCCCCUGAAAUCACAGGUCCGCAGUUUGGGGGUCCUCCUGGAUUCAGCGCUGACGCUUGAAGUGCAGGUGUCGGCGGUGGCCGGGAGGGCUUUUGCACAACUCAAACUUGUGCGCCAACUGCGACCAUACCUCGUGAAGUCUGACUUGACCACGGUGGUGCAUGCCUUAGUUACCUCUAGACUGGACUACUGUAAUGCGCUCUACGUGGGGCUUCCCUUGAAGACGGCCCGGAAGUUACAGCUGGUCCAACGUUCGGCCGCCAGACUAAUAACGGGGGCGGGUUACAGGGAGAGAUCUACUCCCCUGUUUAAGGAGCUCCACUGGCUGCCGUUCAUCUUCCGGUCCCAAUUCAAGGUGCAGACCAUCAUUUAUAAAGCCCUAAACGGUUUGGGACCCGCCUACCUUCGUGACCGUAUCUCCUACCAUAAACCUGCCCGACCUCUCCGAUCAUCAGGGGAGGCCCUCCUGUCGCCACUACCUAUAUCUCAGGCUCGCCUUGUAGGAACAAGGGAGAGGGCCUUUUCUGCGGUGGCCCCUCACUUGUGGAACUCGCUGCCCAUUGAAAUCAGGCAAGCCCCCACCCUUUUAGCCUUCAGGAAAGAUUUAAAAACAUGGCUCUUCCGGUGUGCUUUCAGAGAGUAAAUGUUCUAUGCUACUCCCCCCCGAUAUUUAUCCUCUAGACUGGUUCACUAUCUGAUGUCCCGUCCCUCGAGGUUUUAUUCUGAUCCCUUUCUCACCCAGAGUUUUAAUUUUUAAUCUAGUUUUUAAAUGUAGUAUUCAUGCGGCCCGCUCGUGUUAUAUUGCUGUUUUGAUCUUAUGUUGUACUGUUUAUUUUAUGUAUUUAAUUGUAUUAUGUUAUGGUUUAUUGUAUUGAAUUGGGCAUGGCCCCAUGUAAGCCGCCCCGAGUCCCCCAUUAUUAUUAUUAUUAUUACUCUGGAGUGAUUUUUUUUUGGCAUGGAAAUUCAUGUAUAUUUUAGCACUGACUUUCCCCAACAGAUGCACAUUUAAACCAUUUUUCUUAUUGUGUGCAUUACUUUCAUCAACUUAAGGGUCUUUGGCUGCUUUUGUUAAAGCUACAUAUUUUUAGUUGGUAAAGGUUUUCCCCUGACAUUAAGUCCAGACAUGUCCGACUCUGGGGGUUGGUGCUCAUCUCCAUUUCUAAGCCAAAGAGCCAGAAUUGUCCGUAGACAUCUCCAAGGUAAUGUGGCUGGCAUGACUGCAUGGAGUGUCAUUACCUUCCCACUGGAGCGGUACCUAUUGAUCUACUCACGUUUGCAUAUUUUCAAACUGCUAGGUUGGCAGAAGCUGGGGCUAACAGCGGGUGCUCACUCUGCUCCCCGGAUUCGAACCUACGCCCUUCAGAGUAGAUUUUUGAAAAGCUAUCCAAGGUGCUGAGCUCUAUGCCCCAAAUAGGUUUAUCUCUCUGAUAGUUCCUUUAAAGUACAGACUAACAUCAAGAGCAGAUUUACCAACCCACUGGUAUGGAAAUUAUCAGCUGCCACAUGGUAGAAAGGGAAAUCAGAGCAUUUUUACUCAUGCAAGAAUUUUGCUGCCAUUGGUUUACACCACUGCAGUGAGAUUACACUUAGAACUGUUGUCUUACUGCCAUUCUUAAGAGGACCAAGUGAGGCUGUCUUUUGAGUUUCUAAAUUUACAGCAGAUGGAGAAAAACCUGUGUACAUCAGCUGAAUAAAAGAGAUGUGUUCUAGGGAUGUGCAAUUCAAUUAAACCCAGAUCUGUUUUUAUUAUCCA